CGUGACUUUGCUUAUGCGUUGUUUGGGCAAGGGGGGAACGAACAUGAAAGGUCUUUUCUAAAGGAUUCCCUCAGUCCUUGUUCUCUUCAUUCACUUCCUCAUCAACUUCCUCGACAACAACAAUCAUGUCCGCUGCAUCCACAUUCAACAGACCUGCGCUUGAGCAGCUGCUCAGCAAGCGCUUCUUCUACGCCCCCGCCUUCUCGCUCUACGGAGGUGUUGCUGGUCUUUACGACUACGGUCCCCCAGGCUGUGCUCUCCAGGCGAAUGUGCUCGAGAUGUGGCGUAAGCACUUUGUUCUCGAGGAAGACAUGCUCGAGGUCGACUGCUCGAUCAUGACCCCUGCCGAGGUCCUCAAGACUUCUGGCCACGUCGACCGUUUCUCGGACUGGAUGUGCAAGGAUCUCAAGACUGGAGAGAUCUUCCGUGCUGAUCACUUGGUCGAGAACGUGCUCGAGGCUCGCUUGGACGGCGACAAAAUUGCGCGCAACGCGCCCGUUGAAGCCAAGGCCGACAAGGAUGAGAAGAAGAAGAAGAAGGCAGCCAAGGUCACUGCUGUCCGCCUUGACGAUGGAACUGUCCAGACCUACAAAGAGAUCCUUGCUCAGAUCGACAACUACUCUGGCCCGGAACUCGGCGAACUUAUGCGCACUCACCAGAUCAAAUCCCCCGAGACCGGUAACGACAUCUCUGAGCCCGUUGUUUUCAACCUCAUGUUCUCUAGCAGCAUCGGACCCACUGGCCAGUUCCCCGGUUUCCUGCGCCCCGAAACUGCCCAGGGCCAGUUCCUGAACUUCAAGAGAUUGCUCGAGUUCAACAACGAUCGCAUGCCUUUCGCCUCUGCUCAAAUUGGUCGCUCCUUCCGUAACGAAAUCUCGCCUCGUGAGGGUCUCUUACGUGUCAGAGAGUUCACUAUGGCUGAGAUUGAGCACUAUGUCGACCCUGCCAAGAAGGAUCACGCUCGCUUCAACGAGGUGGCCACCUACAAAUUGAAGAUUUUGCCCGCUUCUGUUCAACUUCAGGGCAAGACCGAACUUCUGGAGAUCUCUGUUGGCGAAGCUGUGGAGAAGGGCAUCAUCGACAACCAGACCUUGGGCUAUUUCUUGGUUCGCGUCCAUAUGUUCUUGACCAAGAUCGGUAUCAACCCUGACCGUGUUCGUUUCCGUCAGCACAUGAAGAACGAGAUGGCUCAUUACGCCUGCGAUUGCUGGGAUGCUGAGAUCCAUACUUCUUAUGGCUGGAAGGAAUGUGUUGGCUGCGCUGAUCGUUCUGCUUAUGACUUGACUGUGCACUCGAACAAGACUGGCGAGAAGUUAGUUGUCCGUGAGCGUCUGCCCGAGCCCUUGGUCGAGGAGAAGCUGCUGCUCGAGAUCAAUAAGAAGGUCUUUGGUCCUCGCUUCAAGAAGAAUGCUAAGGCCGUCGAGGAGCACUUGGCUUCAUUGGAUGAGGCGGCCUUGGAGGAGCUGAAGAAGGCACAUGACAGCACCGGCUCAUUUUCCGUCACCGUUAAUGAGGAGGCCUUCGAUAUCACUAAAGACCUUAUCAGCAGCUUCGAGAAGGUCUCCGUUACCACUCACAUUCGCGAAUUCACGCCCAAUGUCAUUGAGCCGUCGUUCGGUAUCGGUCGUAUUUUGUAUUGCUUGAUGGAACACGUUUACUGGACCCGUCCGGAGGGUGAGCAGCGUGGUGUGUUGUCAUUCCCACCUGUUGUUGCUCCCACAAAGUGCUUGCUCGUUCCUUUGUCGACGAACGAUGUCUUCAUUCCUGUUUUGAACAAGGUCUCGGCGCAGCUCCGCCGUAGCGGUGUCUCGAGCAAGGUCGACGAUUCUGGUGCGUCCAUUGGUCGUCGCUAUGCCCGUAACGACGAGCUGGGCACGCCCUUCGGUAUCACUGUCGAUUUCCAGUCUGCUCAGGACGACACUGUUACUCUCCGUGAGCGCGACUCGACAAAGCAGAUCCGCGAGAAGAUUGAGGUCAUUGUGGAGUUGGUCAAGGAUAUAUGCGAGGGCAAGACCUCCUGGUCUGAAGUGUCUGCCAAGUACCCAGAGUUCGUCUCUCAGGAGGUCAGCGAGUAGAUGGAUUCGCCUUUAGUGUGUUAUAAAUAAUUGUUUUCGCCC